AUGGCUAAUAUCAGAGAAGAAAUAAAAGACUUUAAAAUCUUCCGUGGCUUGAGCUACAAACAAGUUCGUGACAAAAUAAUGUCAAAGAAGUUAUCUGUCAACACAGUGGUAAAAAUUUAUCAGAAAGAUCGAAUUAAAAUGCCUCAUUUAAAAUUCUUACCGGAAACCGAAAAUGAUUUCUUCGAAUAUACUAUUCUUCACCUGGCAAUUUAUGUAGACGACGAUAAUUUUGUUGACUUCCUCCUGGAGAACAAUGCCGACACAAAGCUCGGGACAGAAAAUUUAGCACCAGUGAUUUUAUCGGUGAUAGGUUUGAACCGCUUAAAGUACGUGAAGAAAUUAGUAGCAGCUGGUGCUGAUGUCAAUCAGAUUAUCUGUGUAGAACACACAUAUGAGAUAGAUAUUGAUAGGUUUAAAGAUGAAUAUUAUCCACGACUUAUUUACAAAGAGUAUACACCUCUGGAAUUUGCUGUCCAGCUGGAUGCAUAUGAGAUCGCUGAAUUUCUCAUCAGCCAGGGCGCUGAUGUUCACGUAAGAAUUGGCAAUGACGAAGAGAAUAGCGACUCGCCAAUAGGUAUCGCUUCUUUAGCGAAUAACGUAAAAAUGUUGAAAUUGCUGAUAAAACAUGGCGCUGAUAUUAAUGCUGGAGACGACAAUGGUUUGACUCCUCUGAUGAAAGCAACUAUUGAAAACGAUAACUUAGCAAGUCGCAGGUUCUUGCUAAGUCAACCAUUUAUAAAAAUAAAUUCUCUUACUAAUGACAAGGAAUCUUGUCUGUAUUUUCCAGGAGUUUAUUUCAUAGACGCUGGCGCUGAUGACCUUGAGUCUAGUCUUGAAGAUCUUCUGGAUGCAGGUUGUGAUAUCAAUAUUGUGAGCGAUCAUGGCGAAUUACCAAUUGAUACCUAUGGAGACAAGAAAACGUGCUGUGAGGUUAUGAAGAAGCACAUUGUUAAGCGGAUGGCGGCUGGCUUUUACGUCUGCGACAGGAAUAAAGAAGUUGUUUCAGGAAGUGAAUUGAGAAAAUUUAGAGUUGAAUGUGAUACAGAAGUUGAAGUCAUGAAGAAUACUCACGGAAUAAUGGCUGGAUUUUCCUUGUUUGAUAUACUGCACAGAUCUUAUCACAAACUGGCGCUGAGAUUCAAACAUGGAGAUGAAGAUAAGUUUGACGACAAAAUGGCAGCAAAGUUUCCUCUUUACGCAGGAAUGAUUAAGUAUCGCUUGGAAAAAGCUGGUCAACGAAGAAAAUUGUUCAAUCAAGUUGAAAAUAUUCUCUAUGAAAUUUUUUCUAGAUAUCUUCCUGCUACUUUUAUUCAUGAAAUGUUUUUUUAUUUUAGUAACUUUGAAUUGAGUAAAUUGGUGGAAAUUAAUUAA